AUGGGUAAGAAAGAUAAACAGCGCAAGAAGCUUCGCAAUUUUACCAAGGCUAAAGUUAAACAGGUUCAGGAGGAUCAGGAACCAAUGGUUCCUGAUCCUCCUGAAUUUGAUGGGACUGAAUCAUUUGUUCAAACUUUGGCAGAAACUUCACAGUUGACUAAAGAAGAUGAUGAAAAUAGUGUUUUGCUACCUAUAAGAGAUGAACUGUUACAAGAUCCUUCUACUGAAUUGCCGGGAUUCAUUGCUGCUGAGAUUGAAGAGGGUGAACAAGAAUAUGAAGAAACUCGUUCUGGACAUUAUGGAGCAAUAGAGUCGAGAAGAAUCAGUUCUAAGGGAACUGAACUUUCUACUGCAAGAUUGAAAAUAAUUAUGUUAUCAAUGUAUUUGGGUAUAUUUCUUGCAGCGUUGGAUAAUACUAUUGUAUCCACUUUAUUAGCUCACAUUGCCUCAGAAUUUAAUGAACUUCCCAGGAUAUCAUGGGUCGCAACUGCAUAUCUACUAUCAAGUGCUACCUUUCAGCCAAUUUAUGGUAAGAUAUCAGAUAUAUUUGGUAGAAAAGUUGUGUUGAUAUUCUGUAAUAUCACCUUUUUUGUAGGUUCUUUGAUUUGUGGGUUAAGUCCUUCAUUUGAGUGGCUGGUUGCUGGAAGAUUUAUUGCCGGCAUUGGAGGUGGAGGUAUUACCUCGAUGAGUAGCAUUACAACAAGUGAUAUUGUACCUCUAAGAAAUAGAGCAUUAUAUCAAGGGAUUUGUAAUUUUUAUUUUGGCCUGGGUACUGCUCUUGGUGGUGUUGUUGGUGGAUGGUUCAGUGAUCGCUCUGUUGGUUGGAGAAUGUCAUUUUUGAUUCAAUUGCCUAUAGCAUUCUUUAGCACUAUUCUAAUCAUAUUAUUUUUACGUCUGCCUAAGGAAAGCAAAGGAAGAGGAUUACAAGUUGAUGGCAAUUACUUCUCUACGAUUAAAGUACGAUUGUCUGCCGUAGAUUGGAUUGGGGCCACGACAUUAGUGCUGUUCCUAUUUUCAUUCAUGAUUACUGCAUCAUUGGGAGGGAAGGAGAUUCCUUAUACUUCACAUAAGUUUAUCGGUUUAUGUGUAGUAACUGUAAUUGGUGCAUUAAUAUUUGGUUACACAGAGCUCAAAAUUGCAAAAGAUCCUAUUCUACCCUUAAGGUUUUUAAAAGAUAGAAGUGUUUUGGGUUCCAGUUUGAGUAAUUGGUUCUGUAUGAUGGCAUUGAUGACUGUUAGUUAUUAUUUGCCCAUUUAUUUUGCAGGUGUACUAAAUAUGAAACCAACAGAUAUUGGUAAAAGGAUAAUUCCAAAUUUUUUCAGUACAGCAUUUGGUUCAUUAGGUGCUGGAUAUUACAUGAAAAAGACAGGUAAAUAUUAUUGGUUUGUUAUUUCAUUUUGUGUUUUAGCCAGUAUUGGAUGUCUACAGAUAGUUUGGAUUCAACCUGAUAUAUCUGUCUUUAAACAAUAUACAUUAAUGUUUAUUCCUGGUUUAGGCGCUUCGGUUUUGAUCACAGUAGCAUUAUUAGCAAUGAUUGCAGCAGUUCCUCAUAACCAUCAAGCUGUCACCACAUCUAUCUCAUAUGCAUUUAGAUCAACUGGUUGUACUCUAGGUGUGUCUAUCGGAGGGGCAAUAUUUAGAGAAUCAUUAGAUAAUCUGCUGAAAAGUAAAGUGCUUAAAUUCAAGUCACCUGAACAUUCUGAGGACGAAUUGAUGAGGAUAAUCGACAAAGCCUCUCAAUCUACAGAAUGGGUUCAAAAUUCCUCCCCCAGUUUCAUAAAGCAAACUCUAAUAGAUUGUUAUCAUUUUGCAUGUAAGAACGUUUUCAUUUUCUGUCUAUUAUGUACAAUUGCAGCAACAUUUUCGAUGGCCAUCAUUAAAGAACAUAGGUUACACAAUACCCUAGAUAGAGAUAAUGAAAAUGAAGAAUAA